GGUUGAUAUGAUAAAACUAUAAACCGUUCUUAUCCCGUGGGAGGGUCUUGAGGGUCCUGGGUGUCCACGGUUCCUUCCUAAAUGAUGCAGCUGACCGACUUGGACCAAUUCUUCAGGGUCUGACUGAUAAAGACACCCACCUGCAUCAUCACGAGCCUUCGCCUACAUAAUCACAAUUCCUUCUCCCGUCUUUUACCAUCUUGACUCCAACAACUCUGUACCAUAUAACUAUUUCUUGGAACAUCUUUUUGCUUCGAAUAGCUUAGGUUUCAUCGAUUACGCAAGCCUUUCCCACGCCUAACCCUGACGCGUCGUAGUAUUUCAAUGAUUGGCUUUUCCCAUAGACCACAGAUCUAAAAACACCAUGUCGAAUCCCGACCAGGAGAGAAGCAUCACACCCCAGCCGGGUGGCCCCUUGGGUGUACCGAUAUCGUCCUCUCCGGGUUCCUUCCGAGGCCGUACGUACAGCACCUCCGUACCUCGUGCCGAUGUCACUGCUCGUUUAGCUUCCCCUGUGCCGUCCCAAGCCUUUGGGACGCCCCCAACGCAAAGAUCCCAGCCGGCGAAUCGGGAUAACGGAGAAAGCGCCGAAAGCUCAGGUCCUUUAGCAGGUGCCGCCGGCCAAAGCUCUAUGGGUCCCGGUGUGUCCGCUCUUGCUGCAGCUCUUUCGAAUUCGAUAGGAACGUCGCCCCCGAGAUUUGGCACUCCACCGGUACGAUCUUCGUCGCCUGUAGGAACAACCUCCGGACUUCAGCCUUCUAUGACCCCAACGAAUUACGGCUCCUUCGAGGCAAGGUCGAGACAUUUGCAGAAUGGUGGUUCGGGGGCUUACGAAGACCCUGAAAUAGUCAAGCGACAUCUGGUUCAACCUACAGAUGCUAUUGAUUCUGCCGCAGGUUCAAGUAAUGGCGACAGGUCAAAGGGUAAGCAGGUUGGCGAGCCUGCAGGUCUAGGGCAAGACGACGAAGAUUUUUCAAGUCUUCGCUUACAGGGAGGAGACAUCACGCGCCAAAUCUAUAGAUGGACAGAAGAUGCAGAAGGCCGUGGCCGUCAACAACGUAGCAAGAGCUUUAGCCACGCAAGGGACGAACCUGAGAGCGACGUUCUUGAUAUAAACUCGAUCAAGAUUCCCGGAGGGUUUAGACGAAACUACUUACGAAGAGCCGCUCAUAGCCCUAUGAAUGAUGACGGACUGGAAGCUGGAGGGGGGAUCCCAAGGGGCAGACGAGAUCCCCAACUAUUCACAACCAGCUUCCUAGAGUUUUUGUCUAUCUAUGGCCAUUUCGCGGGUGAAGAGCUCGAAGAAGAUGACGAAGUCUUGCGACCGGGCGAGUAUUUCUCUUCUGGGGAAAGUGAUGAUUACUAUGAUAGCGAGGAUGAAAGAGAACCAAUGGAAGACAGUGCUUUGCUGACACCGUCUAAACGUAAGAGGAGACGGAAGACCCGAGGUGGCAGUGGCAAGAACACACCCUUCAACGCGGCUCUACUUCUCCUGAAAUCCUUUGUGGGUACUGGGGUCUUGUUCCUACCUCGUGCUUAUUUCAACGGUGGUAUGCUUUUCAGCAAUUUGGUGCUACUUUUCGUCGCAGCACUAAGCUAUUACUGCUUCGUACUUCUGGUCACCACACGACUAAAGGUCGAAGGAUCCUUUGGUGAUAUCGGUGGAAUUUUAUACGGCGACUGGAUGAGGAAAUUGAUCUUGUUCUCGAUCGUCAUCAGCCAAAUCGGGUUUGUCGCUGCGUACAUUGUCUUCACGUCGGAGAAUCUACAAGCUUUCAUCCUCGCUGUCUCUAACUGCAACACGUAUAUCAAGAUCACCUGGUUGAUCUUGAUGCAGAUGGUUAUCUUCCUGCCAUUUUCGCUCUUCCGAGAUAUCGGCAAACUGGGAUUCACAGCUUUAAUAGCAGACGCUUUUAUUGUUAUUGGGCUGGCUUAUUUGUUCUACUACGAUGUUCUUACUCUAAGCACCAACGGACUUGCAGAUAUCAUCCAGUUCAACCAGAAAGAUUGGACGCUCUUCAUCGGCACAGCUAUCUUCACCUUUGAAGGAAUUGGGCUCAUCAUCCCUAUCCAAGAGUCUAUGAAGCAGCCAUCCAAGUUUCCCAAGGUCAUGUUCUACGUUAUGAUAAUCAUUUCAGUCCUUUUCAUCACCAUGGGUGCCGUGUCCUAUGCUGCAUACGGAUCGAAGACUGAGACUGUUGUCCUUCUCAACUUACCUCAGGAUAACAAACUUGUGAAUGGGGUCCAGUUUCUAUACUCGGUCGCUAUUCUCCUAUCCACACCUCUACAGAUCUUCCCGGCUAUUCGAAUCACCGAGAAUGUCCUGUUCACGCGAAGUGGCAAAUACAACCCCUAUAUCAAGUGGCAGAAGAAUUUGUUCCGCUUCUUCGUUGUCUUUGUCUGUGCACUCAUCGCAUGGGGAGGUGCGGACAACCUGGAUAAAUUCGUUGCUCUUGUCGGAAACUUUGCCUGUAUUCCUCUGGUGUACAUAUACCCUCCGCUACUACACUACAAGGGCGUGGCAAAAAGUAGAGUCCGUAAGGUUACCGACCUCAUCCUCUGCGUCUUCGGAUUCGUGGCUAUGGCAUAUACCACUAGUUUGACGGUAAUUAGCUGGGCGAGCGCUCCAUCGGGUCCAAGCUUGCCGAAAUAUUGUGAUACUCAUAAGCUGUAAAUUAUUAAUGCAGCAGUAAGGAGGGUUACUCAUUAGAAGAAAUGUAUAGUACUUGCAUCAGCGGCAUCGGGAGAUGUGCUCGAAUUAGAAAUUUGCUUAUCCGCAUGAGAGAGGAAGAUAGAGUUUGUAUGGUAUAUUUCGACACUGAACACUAGGGAUGGCACCGGGGCUUUUUGGAUGAUACUAUUCAGAGGUUGAGUAAACCUAGUACUAUGUAUGUACCUUAUGUGUAUCAAUAUACCUAGGUUAGUACAAAGGUUAGCACGUACAUAUAGUUACAGCUGUGUAUGCUGAAUUCACACACACAUGCAUGUUGUACUAUGUGAUGACACAUCAGUAACCGUAUUCAUCGUGCUUUGUAUGCCUUGUCUUCAAUGUUGUUGUGAAAUGUGUAAUCCGUAGGAAUGAAAGGAUAAUAUUGAAAGUAUG